AUGCGGAGGCGGUCUGGGUUGGCUGCGCGGAGUUCGCAGAAAAAUCCCAUUCCAGAGGUUGGCGCGUCAGACCUAUUGGAUCUGCCUCUGGGAGUCAAGCUGCCUAUCAUCCCAGGAACCCAUAAUGUAUUCUAUACUACCAAUAUAAAUGAAAAGCUUCAUCAACCUUCUUAUGAUUUUAACCUCACUGAUCCUUACUGCCGGCUUUUGGAACCCACCUAUAAAAGUCUACAUGAUCCACAUUUAAAAUCAUACUAUAAACGGAAAGAUAUCCUGAGGAGAUUAAAGAAAACUGGCUCCAUCACCAGCAACAAUAAAGUUGUGUGUUCCUUAAAGGAAUUGAAUAAGUACAGACACUAUUUGACCAGUUUAAAACUAGACUUUGAAAGAAAGUAUGUAAGAGAACAAAAACUGAUUGAAAAAUGAGUAAAUAAACUAUAUGAAAUCAAAAGAGCCAGUGAAGGUUAUAAUGCUGCCCAAUUCCAAAGAUGGCUAUUACAAGAAGGACAAUUUACCAAAGAUGAAGAGAAGCUACUAAAACCUAGAUAUUUAGAUAUGAUUAGUACAGAGUUAGACAAGAUUGACCUGGCUGCAGAAAAUCAGAGUGCACUCCGGAUGAAGGAAGAACAAAAACGACAUGAGGACCACAUAAGAAGAAAACUUAGUCUCCGUAGAGAAAUUGAGGAGGAAUGGAAGAUGAAAGAACUGUCACUUCUGACAAAGAUUGCUGAAGAAGUAAGAAGAGAAGCAAGAGUUGAAGAAUACCGUAGGAAGACCAGAGAAGAAAUUGACAGGAAGGUAGAGUGAACUUUUAACGAUGACUUGGGUAUCCUGAGGAAAGAGUUUUAGAUAUUUUUAGAUAUAAAUUGUCAGAAGUGGCCUAAACUCA